AUGGCUGAGGCUGCAGCUGCUACCACCACAAACCCUAAUGCUGAAAUAGUGCGAGGACAGGUGUUUGAAGUUGGACCGAGGUAUAAAAACCUCCAGUACAUUGGCGAGGGAGCUUAUGGCAUGGUUGUGCACUUCACGCUUGCACCAUUCAAACGUCUCGUUGCACAAGUUAUUCCACUAGAUUGCUCUAGACAUGGACCUUCGGUACCAAGGGGUCACUGCCAAGUGCUAAGCCAACCAUGA